AUGACGAAGAAGACAAGGCAAGAGGAGUUAAGGGAGGAGCAGGAAGGGACUGUUUCCCCCUUAAGUCCUUUUGUUGCCGGAGCUCAUGCUGCAGCAGCGCCGGAAGCAGCAGCAGCCCAGCCAACGGCGGCAGCACCACCACGAACAGCAGAAGCGGUGCCAGCAGCUGCUGCACCAAAAGCAACUGCACCACCAACAGCAGCAGCACCACCAACAACAACAGGAGCGGCACCAACAGCAGCAGCGCCACCACCACCAACAGCAGAAGCAUCUCCAACAGCAAGAGAAGAAGAAGAAGAUACGGCGGAGAUACUGCGACAGCACAUAUUGCAGUACGUUGAUGAUGCUUUAGCGCAAGAUUAUUGGGAUGUAGGAAUAUAUGAAGAGUUCGACUGCGCUAGAUGGGUGGAAUUACUAACAGACGAACAGAGUCCCGGAGAACAAGGAGAGGAAGAUACGCUUCCUUCAGAUUCUGGGGAUGAGGGUCCUUCUACUGGCCUUAGUGCUGCACAACGUGAGAGGUUGCAGCAUAAGAGGCAGCAAAGAAGAGAAGGCGAUUUCUUAGCUAGUGUAGGAGCAGCAUUUUCACUAGAUCCUCGUUAUCAACCUCUAGGAGCAGUCCUAGUAAAUCCCAUUGGCUGUCCGGUUGAAGAAGAACAACCACAACAGCACGAAGGAGAAGAUGAAAAAAAAGGAGAAGGAAAGAAGGGAAAACCAAAAAGGAAACAUACAUCGAGACAACUGGUAUACACCGUCCGUAUACCCAAUACUGACGCCUCAUACGUCGUCGGCAGCAAAGAAAUCACAAACGAAGAUGUAAGGCUGUAUGCUUCGUUUUAUGAUAAGUAG